UUGAUGAUUUCUCUGCUAAAUUUCUGUUAUCGUUUAAACAGAAUAGGGGCAAUCCAGGUUUUGGUCAAAAGAGGGCCCUUAGUUGGAUACUUGUUGGUUUGUAACAUUAAUGAACUGGGUAGAGAAAAAAAAGUUGGGGUUUUCGAAUCGUAUCUUCAAAAUUUUCUUUGGAUCUUUACACUUAUUUAGGCUUUUAUAAUUUUUCGGUUGUCUUGGCUUCCUAUAACUCCUUGGGGUCUUCAUUUCUUUCCACAAUUCAAAAGAAUUUUUUUCAGGUUGAGGAUAUGGCUGAUCUCACGUGCCUUAACGAGCCUUCAGUUUUUGACAAUUUAAAGCAGCGUUAUUAUUCUGAAUUAAUUUAUACAUAUUCUGGGUUGUUUUGUGUUGUUAUGAAUCCAUAUAAAAAAUUGCCAAUUUAUUCUGAGGCUGUAAUUGAGUCUUAUAAAGGAAAGAAACGUAAUGAACGUCCACCUCAUGUUUUUGCUAUUGCUGACUGUGCUUAUAGAUCGAUGCUUCAAGAUCAUGAAGACCAAUCAAUUUUGUGUACCGGAGAAUCGGGUGCAGGCAAAACAGAAAAUACUAAAAAAGUAAUUCAAUAUUUGGCUCAUGUUGCUGGGGCUACAAGGCUUGGACAUCAUAAUAAAUUAGUUAAUACCUCAACUUCCAACGGUCUUUUGUGUUCUUCUCCAGCUAGAAGCCAUUCUAGUGUUGAUCAGAUUAAUUUGGUUGGGGAAUUGGAACAACAACUUUUACAGGCAAACCCAAUAUUGGAAGCUUUUGGAAAUAGCAAAACUGUCAAAAAUGAUAAUUCUUCGAGAUUUGGAAAAUUUAUUCGAAUCAAUUUCGAUUUGGCUGGUUAUAUUUCUGGUGCUAAUAUUGAAUUUUAUUUGUUGGAAAAAUCUCGUACAUGUCGUCAAGCAAAUGAUGAGCGUUCAUUUCAUGUAUUUUACCAAUUUUUGCGUGGAACUUCUGCAGAGGAAAAAGGUUUUGGAUUUUUCAAAUUAUUUUUGAAUUAA